CGGCGGCGUACCGUCGCGGAGAGCGAGGCGGCGGGGCCCAGUGAGUGAGCGGGCCGCCAUGUUCCGCGGCAGGCGGAGGCCCGCCGCGCCGGGCAGCCCCCUGAGGCUGCACCUCCGCAGGAUGCUGAGUGCCGGGUCGAGCGGGAGCAGCAGCCAGCCCCCCAGCCCCACGACCUCCUCGGGCUACCACUCGGGCAGCCUCGACUCCCUCGGCUCGCCGCGCCCCAGGAGCCACGGGAGCUUGCCAACCAGCCCAGUCGACUUAAGGUGGUGGGCGGGGCCGCGAGAGGCGACGCCGGGCGCCGAGACGCCGCGCCGCCACGGCCUGCGGGCGACCUUCAAGAGGAGGAAGAGACGAGCCGGCGUCGUCGUGGUCGCCGUCGACGGCAGGGUCAUCGCCGCCAGGCGGCAGCCGAUGGACGGACAGCUGUACUGUCCGGCGCCUGUCCACUCGCCCGCCGACCCCGCGGACACGGGUCAGCAGACGGACAGGUUCAAGAGCACGACGCAGGACCAGCUGUUCGAGCUGCUGGCGCGAGUGCAGAGCAGCCGCCUGGACGACCAGAGGUGCGAGCUGCCCGCCAACCUGCAGCAGGGCUCGCGCGAGGAGAGGCGCUCCACGCCGCCGCCGCCCGCCCCCGCGCCGCCCUCCAACCCCACGAGCGGCGGCUCGCGGCGGCUGCUGGAGGAGGCGCUGCGCCGGCCGCCGCCCUACCCCAUGAUCGUGCUGCCCCAGGGGGGCGGCUACUGGCUGGACGGCCGCGACCAGGACGACUGCCCCGGAGACCCGCAGCCGCUGCCGCACGGCGCCUGGCGCGCCAAGAUCGAGACGGACGACACGGCCAAGUGCUUCCGCAGGUUCUUCGUCGGCCGGGAGCACCUGAACUUCGUGGCGCAGGACGAGGCGGGCGGGCCGGUGUGCCUGUCCGUGAAGACGGAGAACGUGGCCUCGCAGGAGCACCUCAGGAUAAUGCUGAGGCUGAGGACCGGCACGUCGCACGAGCUGGUGCCGUCGUCCUACCUGGGGCCGUGUCCCUCGCCCGCCCGCAUGGCCAAGCUGCUGCACGGCCCGCUGACGGCCGACAAGUUCACGCCCAUCCUGUGCCCGCGCGCCUCGCAGCUGAUCGCGGCCUACGACGAGCACGUGCUGGUGUCCAAGUUCAAGUUCGGCGUGCUGUACCAGGAGCUCGGCCAGACCACUGAGGAGGAGCUGUUCGGCAACGUGCGCACGUCGCCCGCCUUCGACGAGUUCCUGCGCCUGCUGGGCCAGCGCGUGCAGCUCCGCGACCACAAGGGGUACCGUGGAGGCCUGGACACCCAGCACGGCCACACGGGUGAGGAGGCCGUGUUCGAGGUGUUCCGGGAGCGGGAGAUCAUCUUCCACGUGUCCACCCUGCUGCCGUUCACGGACCACGACCCGCAGCAGCUGCAGAGGAAGAGGCACAUCGGUAAUGACAUAGUCGCUAUUGUAUUUCAAGAAACGAAUACUCCUUUCUGUCCUGAUAUGAUCGCAUCACAUUUCCUUCAUGCCUACAUAGUAGUACAAGUUCUGGAUCCAAACUCUUCAAACACAAGGUACAAAGUGAGCGUGACGGCGAGGGACGAUGUUCCGUUCUUCGGACCGACGCUGCCGAGUCCGGCCAUCUUCACGAAGGGUCCCGAACUGAAGCAGUUCCUGCUGACCAAGCUCAUCAACGCAGAGAAUGCAUGUUACAAGGCGGAGAAGUUCUCCAAGCUCGAGUUGCGGACGCGGACGUCCCUGCUGCAGUCCCUGGUGGACGAGCUGAGGGAGAAGUCGAGCGAGUUCCUGAGCGGGGGAGACCUGCCCUCCGCCCCGGACACCCCCAAGUCGGACGGCGGCGCGGGCGGGGGCCCCGGGAGCCGCUUCAUCGAGACGGUGCGCAAGGCGCUCAAGAUAGCCGGCUCGCAGCAGCCGCAAGCGCCGCCGCUGCCCCACUGCGCCGAGAGCACCACGCCCACGAGUGGACGUUCUUCUUCGAAGUGCGCUGCAAAUAGUGUCGGAAGCAGGAAGAGCGCUCCCGCUUCGCCGGUCUCCAGUCCGGACAUGCAGUCUCGCCGAACAGCGAGGGCGACUCCCUCGGAGAGCGACGACUCGUCGCUGAACAGCGUGGACCUGGACCCCGCCGUGUACGCGGACAGCGACACGGGGCUGGAGAGCAUGUCGUCGGCGGAGACCCCGCGGAAGGCCUGCAGCCUGUGCCUGGACGGCCACCAGCAGGUGGACCAGCUCCGGCAGGAGGUCACGCGGCUCAAGUGCGACAAGCUCGACCUGCUGCGGCAGAACGUGAGCUUCCAGCGCGACAUCAAGCGGCUGCGCGAGAAGGAGCUGCAGCUGCAGUCGGACCUGGCCGCCGCCUCCAAGGAGAUCCUGCGUCUGCGCGAGCUGCUCAAGGAGUACACGAGUGGGGGGGAGGCGGGGUCGCCCGUCUAGGGUCGUCGCGCCCGCCGCUGCGAGGACGCCUGCAUUUACCAGUUAAAGAUCUCGCUCCAAGACGUGAAUUCGUGUAAAAUAGACCGAGUAGUAAAUUAAAGAAUAUUUAUGAACAUUACAAGAACUUUCGAGGAAAAUAUAAGAAGUAUCUAUUUGUGUAAAAAAUAAAAUUUAAAAAAAAAAAUUCUCUGCUCUGCGAAUUCUGAUUCUGUGAUUCUUCUGAUGUAGAUCAGGUACUGAAAAGUCUUAAAAUGCUCUCUUACCUUAAAAAAGUUUUUUGUGAAAUGAACUCGAAUCUAUUGGAGACAAGGAACAUGGUUAUUUUGAUAAGGAACAUUGAAAUCUAUUUGUGUAGUUCAUACACACUCGUGCAGAUUGAAUAAGCGGUUUUCUGUUUCUCUUGAUUUAUUUAUAGUAUAAGUGGUGCUAUUUAAGCUCAUGUAUAUUUGCUUUCUGCCCACCUGUGUUUUCCCAAGCAAUACUGUGCGAUGCAAGUGCAUUGUAAAUUUUUAUAUUUUCUUAUAUUGAAUAUUAUUUGUUUAAGUUUAUCUACGAAAAAAAGUUUCCACUUUGAAGAACAUUGAGUGUGUAUGAAGCAUUUAUAUUUUUGAUAAAAAUUUCAUCACAGGAAAAUGAGUAAUCAAAUUAGCUUCCAAGUACUUAGAAGGGAUGGCUAUUAGAAAGUAAUGUAUUUAACUUGUUCAUUCCUAAUAAUUAGAAAUUUUAUUUCUUCAAACUUUUCACAAACUGUAGUUUUUCACUGAUCAAGUAAACAAAAAUUAGUAUUUGUUAGGAUAUUCUUAGUUGCAUUUCAUCAGUAAUGAUAAAAUUUAAUAUUUAAAGUAUUUAGUGUGUGGAAAUAGUUUUAAAACGUUGAAGUUUUGCCCUUGUAUUGUAAAGUCGAGCAGUACCUUAACAGUUUGAUUAGAAAAAAUUAAUAAAAAAAUGUGUGCGAAAUAACUACUCACCUUCAAGUGACAAAGACUCUUGUACCAAAGCUAACAUUCCUCAAGUUGACAUUUGCUUAGAAAUAGAUUAAAGUAGUGUAAUAAUGUUGUAAGAAAAGGUUAAUUUGCUUAUACUGUAUAUUAUAUGAAAAUAGUCUAUUAUGCGAGUGAGAUAAUGAUGGCUUGUUUCAUUUGAGAGAGUUAAUGGAAGUGAAUAUACCAAAAAUUUACAAAAGUAGAGGAUUGAUAUUUGUCUUGUUGAUCUAAGCUAGUAAUUUGUACAUUAUGUUUAGAGUAAAGCUAUAAGUAAUUUGGUUUAAUUAAAGGUUAUUGUGUAAAGAUUUUUUUUUUGUCAUCAGUAUUUGUAAACCCUAUUUUGUUAAAGCUAUGUCUGUUCUAUACCUGCAUGUUUGAUUUCAACAAAAAAACUCUUAUAGUUUGUGAUAGUAGAAAAGCUAUGUCACCAUUUAGAUAAAAAUUAAUAUAGUAAAUAGUAAAGCAUUAAAGUAUGUUUAUUAUUUGCCAUGCAGCCAUCUUGGGUAAAAAAAAUGCAGUUAAUUUAUUUUGUAUUCAGACAGCUUGAUAAACUACUGCAUACCCAGUUCAUAAAUUAAACAAUUUUGCUGAAAAAAUUAUGUGUUUUGGAGUGGUUGUAAAUUCAAUGUGUACAAAAGAGAUUAAAUUAUCAAGGAAUAACCUUAUCUUAUAAAA